AUGGACAAGAAAAUCAAAGCUUCGCAACUCAAAAAGAGGAUCGCUGUAGAAGGCCUCAAGACGUUGGAACGGUUUCAAGCGGAUUUUGUGUCCGAAUUUGCAAGCCAGAUUCCAGAAGCUGUAGAGGGUUUGGACAGACACAAGUCAGGGUUUUUCAACUCGAUUGAGAAACUCGAAGAGCAGGAUGAAAACGACGCCAGCAUCGAGGCAUACAUCCAUGAGAGGAGUGAUUUUGAGGAUCGUCAUCGGAAGCUGAAAUCAUUCCUACGGGAAAACCAACCUAAGGAAGAGGGUACGCUGAACGACACGUCGGGUUUGGCUUCCUCGACGCUUGCCUUUUUUCGGCCAAACGCUUCUAACCUACGUCUGCCAAAGAUCGAGCUUCCAACGUUCGAUGGAGAUCACACAAGAUGGCUUUCGUUCCGAGAUCGGUUCAUAGCCAUGAUCGACGCGUCUGCAGAACUUCCCGCCAUCGCUAAACUCCAGUACUUGCUUUCAUCGUUAAAGGGAGAAGCAGCUCUACCCUUUGAGCACACCCCUUUAACAUCCGACAACUAUCCUGUUACAUGGGCGGCACUUCUGAAGCGGUACGAUAAUUCACGCUUGUUAAUCCGUGAAUAUUAUCGUAAAUUGCAACAUCUUCCGGGUGUGCAAUUGGUGUGCGUCGACAAGCUUACGCAUCUAGUGGACGAAUUCACUCGUUUUGUCAACGGAUUGGUGAAGCUGAAGGAACCGGUGGAUGCAUGGGACACGCCGCUUUCGAAUAUGCUGAUGAUGAAGCUGGAUCGUGAGACGCUGCUGGUUUGGGAAAAACAUUCCGUGCAUUUCCCUAAAGAUAGGUACAAGGAUGUGAUCGCUUUUGUGCAGGAUCGGAUCCAGAUCCUAAAAUCAACGAAUGAUUUUGCAUGUGAGCAAAUUGGUAAUGUAAGAAAGGUGGCCGGCAAUCAUCAUCAGCCAGUGCAAAAAGGGUUCAUCGCAAACGCAGCUGCAUCAAACACGGCCCAUUCCUCAACCACGGCUCAUUCUAAGCGAUUGCAGUGUCCCUUAGCAUGCACCGACGCUCAUCUUCUACGCAACUGUCCGGUAUUCAUCGCUAAGGAUGUUCAGCAGCGACGAGAUAUCGUUAUAACGAAGCACUUGUGUUGGAACUGUUUCAGUGGCACUCAUCAAGUCAAAUCGUGCAAGUCUGACUAUUCGUGUCGAACUUGCCAUCAACGCCACAAUACACUUCUGCAUCACACUCCGGGUACAGUGGUAAGCAUGACAUCAUGUUCGGAUGACGGUAAGGUGUUCCUGGAAACGACACAGAUUGUAAUCCAGGAUGGUUGCGGUAAUGCGCUUGAGGCAAGGGCUCUACUGGAUUCGGGGUCCAUGUCAAAUUUCAUUACUGAGGAAUGCACUCGAAAACUAUUGACCAACCGCAACAAGGUCAAUAUUGCUGUUUCGGGCAUAGGAAAUGCGGUACAUCAAGUAAGGGGUUCGAUCGUCGCUACAGUUCGGUCCAAGAAUCAACCCUUCGCUACGGAAAUGGCUUUCUUGAUUUUGGACAAGCCAUCAGCUGCCAUCCCUACGGUGAAAAAAAUAACACAAUAA